AAAAUCUCUCCUCCUUCCUUCACUCCAGACGCUGCCCGCUCGCCGGGGCCGCCGCGCCGCUCCCCGUCGCCUUCCAGAAGGACUGGGAAAGAGGAGACAGGCGGGUGCCACGUCCCAGCAGCCGCCUCUACUGGACAAGGGUCUGCAGCCCACCCUUGGCACUGCUUGUAGUGACUGAGUUACCCGCGCUCCGCCCGCCUCCCUUGUUGAAGAUUUCUCCCUCCUUCACGUGAUUUGGGCCCCGUUUUUCUUUUCUCCGACCUACGUCCUCCCGGAGUGGGGACAAUCAGGCAAAGGGAGCGAUGCGCUUCGCCUGGACCGCGCUCCUGCUCGGGCCCCUGCAGCUCUGCGCGCUCCUGCGCUGCGCCCCGCCGGCCGCCGGCCAGCAGCAGCCCCCUCGCCAGCAGCCGCCGGCUCCGGCCGCCUGGCGCCAGAGGAUCCAAUGGGAGAACAACGGGCAGGUGUUCAGCCUGCUGAGCCUGGGCUCGCAGUACCAGCCGCAGCGCCGACGGGACCCGGGCACCACCGCCCCGGGCGCUGCCAACGCCGCAGCCCCGCAGCCGCGCACGCCGAUCCUGCUGCUCCGCAACCGCACGGCGGCAGCACGCGAGCGCACUGCAGGCACGUCGGGGGUCGCCGGCCGACCCAGACCCGCCGCCCGCCAUUGGUUCCAAGCUGGCUACUCCUCGUCCGGCGCCCACGACGCUGGGGAUUCCCGCGACGGCAACCGGACAACGUCCGGAGAGCGCCCGGCGCUCAGUAACCUGCAGCCGCCCAGCCGCGUAGACGGCAUGGUGGGCGACGACCCGUACAACCCCUACAAGUACUCCGACGACAACCCCUAUUACAACUACUACGACACGUACGAAAGGCCCCGGCCUGGGAGCAGGUACCGGCCUGGAUACGGCACCGGCUAUUUCCAGUACGGUCUCCCGGACCUGGUGCCAGACCCGUACUACAUCCAGGCGUCCACGUACGUGCAAAAGAUGUCCAUGUACAACCUGAGAUGCGCUGCAGAGGAAAACUGCUUGGCCAGCACAGCAUACAGAGCAGAUGUCAGAGAUUAUGAUCACAGGGUGCUGCUAAGAUUCCCCCAAAGAGUGAAAAACCAAGGGACAUCAGAUUUCUUACCAAGCCGACCGAGAUAUUCCUGGGAAUGGCACAGUUGUCACCAACAUUACCACAGCAUGGAUGAAUUCAGCCACUAUGACCUACUUGAUGCUGGGACCCAGAGGAGAGUGGCUGAAGGCCACAAAGCGAGUUUCUGUCUUGAGGACACAUCCUGUGACUAUGGCUACCACAGGCGAUUUGCAUGUACUGCGCAUACACAGGGGUUGAGUCCUGGCUGUUAUGAUACCUAUAAUGCAGACAUAGACUGCCAAUGGAUUGAUAUUACGGAUGUAAAACCUGGAAACUACAUUCUAAAGGUCAGUGUGAACCCCAGCUACCUGGUGCCUGAAUCGGACUAUUCCAACAAUGUUGUACGCUGUGAAAUCCGCUACACGGGACACCAUGCCUAUGCCUCGGGCUGCACAAUUUCACCGUAUUAGAAAGCAAGCCAGAACUCCUAAUGGAUAAAUCAGUGCCUGGUGUUUUGAAGUGGGAAAAAAUAGAUUAACUUCAGUAGGAUUUAUAGAUUUUGAAAGAGAGAACAGAAAGCAACAAAGGAAUUUUUGUUUGGACUGUUUUAUAACAAAGCACAUAACUGGAUUUUGAACAUUUAAAUUGGCAUUACUUGGGAAAUUUUUAAUAUUAUUCAUAUUACUUUGUGAAUGAACACAGUGUUUCCAUUCUGUAGAGGUACACUUUGGCUCUUUGAAGGAAAUCCAAAUUUGUUUUGCUCCUUUGGAAAUUAUAGUGUAAAAGGGAAAAUAACAUUUUAGUGAAUGAACCAAAAUUACUAUUAACUGAGAAUUUUCUUGAUUUCAGUGAACCAUAACAAUAACUGGCUUGUAUUUGUCUUAGCAUAGAUUAAUUUAGAAAGGAGGCUCCUACUGUUCAAAUAGAUACAGACACAUUUGGUGCUGACGAAGGAACAGACAUUACCAUUGGUGUCAAGAAAUAUUACUAUAUAGCAGAGAAAUGGCAAUAUAUGUACUCAGAUAGUUACAUCCCUAUAUAAAAUUUUAUGUUUACAUUUUAAAAUUAGUAAACUCCUGUCUUUCUCUUCAGUGUACAAUUUCAUUCUGACUUAAGUCAUCUUUUGUUUCGGAACAAAUUAAGUAACUGAGCUGCC